AUGUCCCGCCCCUGCCUCUCCGCACCACCCCCGCCCCAGUCUUCACCUGGACCGAGCCAGCUCCAGCAGCCUUGGCAAUGGCUAUGUAGUGCCGGUGGCGUUGGAACCCACGUAGGACGGGGGCAACUCCUGUGCGACUCAAGGCGACAAAGGGCUUUCUCGGUGUUCCCCGACAGGAGGAGAAAACACUCGCAGGGCAUAGCCCCAGACGGCCACGCACCCACCGGAGCUGGUGGCCAGGUGCCACCUCGGGGCAAAGGGGAGAGCCACCGCGAAGGCGCUGAGGGGCUCGGGGUUCGUGAGCGGGGACCCGUUCGGCCCCUUUUCGUAACAAAAAGCUCUCCUCUCGCCGUUUUCACAAACGCCCGCCGCACGCGGAGGCCGCUCCACAGGGCCGAGCCUCCCGCUCCGCCCGAGGCCGCCUUCCCGGCGGGAUCGGGCGCACUGGGCAUGCGGCGGGACAGGUCCAUUGCGGCGGGCGGGCGGGCGCCGCCGGAGAGCCGCAUGGAUGGAAGGCAGGAGCGCCCCGCCCAGUCCUCCCCUGCGGUUGGUAGCGGCCUGCUCGGAGCGGCGGCGGUGUCGGUGGAGCGGGGCGGCGGCGCUGGGCCGGGGCUGCCGGUGGCUCUGCCCGGCGCCAUGAGGCAUCUGCCGUACUUCUGCCGCGGGGAGGUGGUGAAGGGCUUCGGCAGGGGCUCCAAGGAGCUGGGCAUCCCCACUGCUAACUUUUCUGAGCAAGUGGUUGAAAGCUUUCCACCUGAUAUCUCUACUGGUAUAUACUAUGGAUGGGCCUGUGUUGGAAAUGGAGAUGUGCAUAAAAUGGUUUUGAGCAUAGGAUGGAACCCUUUCUAUGGGAAUACUAAGAAAUCAGUGGAAACACAUAUUAUCCACACCUUCAAGGAAGACUUUUAUGGAGAAGUUCUUAGUAUAGUCAUAGUUGGAUAUAUUCGACCGGAAAAAAACUUUGAUUCCUUAGAGGCGCUCAUUUCAGCAAUUCAGGAAGACAUUGAAGAAGCAAAAAGACAGCUAGAUUUACCAGAGCAUCUUAAACUCAAAGAAGAUAACUUCUUUCAUCUGCCAGAAGGCAAAAUAGGAAACAACCACUGAGAAAACCAAUACAGUUUUUUAUUUGUUUGUUUGAAGUUUUUUUUUAUUUUUCUGCCCUGUCAUGGAACCUUUACAUUUGCACUGCUUUCAUAGGUGCUUUUUUGUCAUAUAUCUGUUUGGUAACUGAGAUUGGAACCAAUCAUACAAGAUGAUUUCAGUUUUCUUUGGUUAAUUCAGCAUUAACCCAGUCAUGGAAAAACGACUGGAAGGCUGUAAUAGGUCCUUACUGUAUUCUAAAGUUACCAGUUGUUCAGAAAUUGGAGCACAUUCAGAACAUGACCAAAGUCAGCUGUAACCCUAGAGUAUGGAUAGUUCAGUUAAUGAAGAAUGUCUGAUUGUAACUCAGAGAAUAUUAUUCCAGCUUCUUUUCUGUUUUAUGUCAUUCUUGGAUCUGGAUUUUAGCUUAGGAAAUUUUGCUGUUGAUUGAGUUAGAAAUUUCCUGUGGUUAGAUAUGAUUUGGUAACAAUAACAAGAUUAAUUCUUUAUAGGUCUUAUUUUUUAUAUACUACAUUGCUGUCAUGGUUUAAGAUCUUGCUUUAAUUGAAAUAAUUUAAGUUAUUUGAAAUGGAGGAGAUCACUGUUGCUCAUUAUAUUACUGGAAUCUGAGCUAUACUUUUUCAUAGUUACUUGUACAUAUGACAACACAUGACCUGUGUAGUUUACUGCCAGGGAGGUGUUUCAUUUGAAUUCAGGAAAUGAAUGACAGUGUGAGAGUCAAUAAACUGUGGAAGUUCAGGGGCAAAAGAUGCAGAAACAAUAUAACAAGAUUUCUGCUCGUUGGGCCUUAAGGGAAAAUAGGUAGUGAGAGGCAAAUUUGUGUUUUAUAUGCUGCUGGUAUUAUGAGAAAAUGAGGAGAAUCUUGAGGUUUUUCACUGCACUGUCAAUAAAAGGUCUGACUUCAAGGUUGGCAUUAUUGUAAGGCACAGAAAAAUCUCAUUAAUGCUCUGCACUAAGUGCAGGUAAGAGCCAAAGUUUUGGCUGACCAAGUAGAUGAGUACACAAAUGAAAACCAUUGGGGAUUCAUUGCAUAAUAUAUCAACACUGUAGUGGAUAUUCGUUAUUUAUUACAAGUAGUUGCAGACAGUCCUACUCGUAAAUGCAGGAAUACAAGUGGGCAUUGGACUAGAUGAUCUUGGAAGGUCCAUUCCAACCCUAACUGUUCUGUGAUUCUGUGAUAGGUAAAUGGAGGGAAUACUGUCAGAACUGAUAGUAAUUUGGAAAAUAGUUCUCGAAGUAUGUAGUCUGUGAUGGCAAAUCUGCUCUUGUUUUCCUCUGAUAAAUUUUUUGUAUCCCCUGCUUGGUGAAUGGAAGCAGGUAAGCUGCAGUGACUGUCACGAUUAUAAUCUUUUGACAUCGGGAGUUAGAUAUACUUUCUUUUAAAGAAGAACAGAGAUGAUUUAGUGGACUUUUACUAUAUAAUGUAAUGGAAACUGUAUUUCCAAAAGGUCUGUAAAAGGAUUGUCUUACAAGGGUGAUAGUUGGAAUUUUUUACAUUUAAAUGGAGGCAUGAAGGGAGAACUAUUUUUUUUUUUUGCAAAGAAUUUAUGCAUUCUUCAGAUUGUAUUAGUGUUAAAAUCAUAUAUUUUACUACUUUUUUGAGAAUAAACAAAAGCCACCCUAGUAAACAAAGUGUGUUGUCAAGAAUAGAUUUUUGUUCAUGGUGGUACUGUAGUUAAACACUCAUAGCUGCCUUUAAAAUUGUUUUUUUGCCAGUAAUGUCACGUGUCAGUUGUGGAAACCUUGGUGCCUUAAGCUGGUUGUCUGAAUAAUACUCUUCUGUAUCUGCUGAUAAAUGCUACUAUCAAAAAUUCAAUUCACCAUUUGGUUAUAGAACUACUGUGCUGUGUACAGUGAACAGUGGCAAAGGGAAAACUUGAAAGACUUGGUUUGCUCUCAAAUCCUGGCUGAGGUGUGAUAUAGGAAUUCACUGAACUAAUAAACUGCUCUUUAUGUGUUUGUCUUCAAAUCAGAGAAAAUGUUAGUACUUUCAUUUGGCUGAGUAUACAUGUCUAUAUUAUUUAAGAGAAAAUGUUGUAUGUAAUUGCUUAAGCUCAAUGCCUAAUUUCUAGCACAGUAUAAAAUUUAUGAAGGGUUAUAUUUUUGUAUUACGUACAAAUAAUUGUAUUUAUUGUGGUUGAUGUUGCUGCACUGUACCAAUAACUAAAGGAACUGUAAUUGACAAAAUUA